CACCUUCAGCCACACAUACAGACAGCUUACAUUGUAAAAUAGAAUGUAACAUAAUUCAAAUCAGAUAAGAUAAUGUUUACAUGCAAGUAUGUAAGACAUAUAGAAUACAAUGGAGUAGAAUAAAGUAAAAAUAAUGUUUACAUGAAACUAUAUAAUACAUAUAGAAUAUAAUGGAGUAGAAUAAAGUAAAGAUAAUGUUUACAUGAAACUAUAUAAUACAUAUAGAAUAUAAUGGAGUAGAAUAAAGUAAAAAUAAUGUUUACAUGCAACUAUAUAAAACAUAGAAUAGAAUAAAGUAAAUAUAAUGUUUACAUGCAACUAUAUAAAACAUAUAGCAUAGGAAAGAAUAAAGUAAAGCUAAUGUUUACGUACACCUAUAUAAAACAGAAUAUAAUAGAAUAAAGUAAAGAUAAUGUUAACAUGCAACUAUAUAAAACAUAUAGACUAGAAUAGAAUAUAAUACAGUAAAGAUAAUGUUUACAUGCAACAAUAUAAAACAUUGAGAAUAAAAUAGAGUAGAAUAAAGUGAGGAUAAUGUUUACAUGUAACUGAAUAAAAACAUCGAAUGGAUAGGAAUAGAAUAGAAACAUAACUAUAUGAGAUAUAGAACAUGAUAGAAUAGAAUUUAAUUGAAGAUAAAUCAGAUAAGAUCAUGUUUAUAUGUAACUAUAUGAGAAAAUGGAAUAGAAUAUAGAUAAGAUAUAGUGUUUGCAUGUGAAUAAAACAUUUAAUAAGGUUAGAACAGAAUAGAGUUAGAAUAGAUUAAAGAUAAUGUUAACAUGUAUGUAUAGAAUAGAAUAGAAUAAAAAUAAGAUGCAUGUAACUGUAAAAACAUAGACUGGAAUAGAAUAGAACAGAGAUAAAAAUCAGAUAAGAUAUACUGUAUAUAGAAAUAAUCUCACAAAGGUUAUCUUUGUUAACCUCAGUGAUGCUGUAAGGAGAACAGAGAAUUGGAGAUUUUGUGUUUUUACAUAUUUUCUAAAAGUUCAUAAUUCAACUUGUUCAGAUUGUUUUCACUUUUUUAUUCUUCAUGUUAACGCGUUGUGUCUGUGGACAGCUGAUCAAUCACUUGCCCUUUGGGAACUAACAGAAGUGAUCGACGGAUCAUUGUGAUAUAUUAACCGAGUUGUUGUUGUUGUUGUUGUUGUUGUUUCCCCCCCAAGUUGUACAUUAAUAAUCAGAGCCGAAUCACAGGGGACACGAACACAUCGUGUCAUCUCUCCCGGGGCUUCACAUCCAUCCGCUCCGAGAGCAUUACGACUAAGUGCGCACCUUGCAGAUGUACUUUCCUGACAUCGCACGGCCGACGAGCCCCACGAUGCCCGCGGUGUUUCCACGUGGCCACGCCCCGGCUCGGUGUGAUACACAGCGUCUCUCUCUCUCUCUCUCUCUCUGUCUCUCUCUCUGUCUGUCUCUGUCUGUCUCUCUGCCGCGCUCCGACCGUCCGUCUCGUCAGUGUGCGCAGGCCAUCCGCUCGGCAGCACCACCCUGCAGCGCAACAGGUUCUUUCCAUUUCCUCUAACACAGACUCAUCAACGUGCGUCGCUGAAGCCCUAGUGAGCAUGAACCUUAGUCUUCCUGACCAGAACAUGCACAACUCGAGUGAAGGCUGCAUAGAGGACGACAAACCUGAUGUCAUGCUGCCUUGCUUCCGCAGAAACAUGUAUGACGAGCCUCUGGCCUCAUACUCCAACGGGUCCAUCAUCUCUCAGCUCCUCCGCAAGACAAUCCACAACAAGAGGGCACUAGACGAGAGCCACUUUUACCUUUCCAGCUCCACUGUCGCUGACUCCGGCCAGGAGGACCGGAGCAGUGUCUCCUCAAAGGACAGCACGCUGGAAGCCACCUCCCCCAGUGGCCACAUCUCUACUGGAAUCAGCCUGGAUGGCGAGCACCCCAUGACUGACCACCUGCAGGCCAAGAGGGCCAGAGUGGAAAACAUCAUCAGGGUCAUGGCUGGCUCCCCCAACAGCAGGCAGCACGGAGACAGUGAGAGGUCGGACACUGAAGCCAGAGACACCAGGGAGGCCUACAGGGAGAACAAACGCAAACAGAGGCUGCCUCAGCAUCAGGAGCACAGUGUUGGAGGACCCGCGAGCAGACGACCUGGAAGCAGCAAUGGUGACAACUGUAACACCAAGGAUGAGGAGUGUCACAAGUUGAAAGAGCAGCUCCACAGCAUGCAGAGGCUCCUGCGUCAGCUGCAGGAAAAGUUCCUUCAAGUUUACAACCAGGACGAUGCUGAACAUGACGACAGAGAUGAGGCAGAAAUCGCGGUUGAGCACGACGCCCUGGCAGAAAGCACAGAGUCAUGCUAUGUAAGCGCUGAAGAUGAUUUUGAGAGGAAGAACGGCAGAAUGACUGCGGGGUGUCAGGACCGAAUGAAAGUAGUCGGUUAUUUGGCACAACAGAGAGAAAGUCCGAACCUGCAGGAAACCCUGAAGCAGGAGCUCUCCCAGGCCGUUAGUGAGUGUGUGGACAGGGUGUUCAAGAAGGUGUCCUCCCCAGGGCUGGACCUGCCCCCCCAGCCGUGCAUGUGCUCGUCUCCAGAGAUUCAGACGAGUGCGGGUGCAGACAGGAAGGGCCAGCAGGCCAGCUCCACCCAGGACCAGCCCCAGUGUGAGGAGGCUGCAGUCAAACCGCGCUCUCUGGAGUACUACGAAAGCUCGGCGGCUCAGAGCCCACAGGACCAGACGGAGGCACUGUCACUGGUGGUCCGCAAGCCGGCAGUGACCCCCCUGAGCUCAGUCACGCCGACUGUGAAGAGGCCCUAUGCCGUUCACCAGACACCGUUUCAGUUCAAUUACAGCACCCCUCUGCACGACAGCCAGAUCCUCGAGCACCUUCUCAAGUACGGGCCCCACUCCAACUUUGGCGGGCUGCCCUGCAUGCCCCCGUCGAUGGACAGGACCUCCCCAGACUCAGUGGACCUGCCGUGGGACACCAUCGCCAUGAGGUCCAAGGUGACGUCCAGCCACCUCGGCCACCACCCCCGUGCCUCCGCCCUGGGGUCAGUGACGGUCGACAAUAUGUGUCUCCCUCACGUCAAACUCGAGUGUGGUGACCUGCAGAGCAUGGCUGAACGAAACCCCUACAUGUCUCUCAACAUCCAGGAGGGCCUCACCCCGAGUCAUCUGAAGAAGGCAAAGCUCAUGUUCUUCUACACCCGCUACCCCAGCUCCAAUGUGCUGAAAACUUUCUUCCCUGAUGUCAAGUUCAACCGCUGCAUCACCUCUCAGCUGAUCAAGUGGUUCAGCAACUUCAGGGAGUUCUACUACAUCCAGAUGGAGAAGUUUGCCCGCCAGGCCAUUGUUGACGGCAUCAGCGAAGUCAAAGACAUGACAGUUAGCAGGGACUCUGAGCUGUUCCGGGCGCUGAACAUGCACUACAACAAAGCCAAUGACUUCCACGUUCCAGACAGAUUCCUGGAGGUUGCUGAAAUCACCUUGCAUGAGUUUUACAAUGCCAUUUCCGCAGCCAAAGAUUCAGACCCCUCCUGGAAAAAGGCCAUAUACAAGGUGAUCUGUAAACUGGACAGCGAUGUCCCCGAAGAGUUCAAGUCAUCUUCCUAUUUAUAGGUGGAGAAAUGUACAGGUGCAGGAAUUGGAGAUUUUUGAAGAUCGUCCCUUGACAGUAUUAUUUCAUCAUUUGUUGUAGUGCAUUUUAGUGAGGUGAAAUGUAGAUGUUGGCUAAACAAUGAUUUUUGUAAAAAACAAACAAAAAACACCAUUUUAAACGUUGUGUUCUGCUUUUAUUAAAAGCAGCUACUGAUUAAAAUUAAAGCUUUAUACUAUUGUUUAGUAUUUCAUUAUAUUAUCUGCCUCAACGCGGUUAGAGAGUUACUGAUUUUGUGAGUGUGUAAAAAUGUUAACAAAGUUGUAAUCAUUUGUAGUAUAGCCUUAAUUAGUUGAACUGGAAAAGGGUUGUUUUUCUUGGCAGUUAUCGUCAGUGUUAGUUAGAUUUUUAACUUUUUUUUCUUCUUCCCAUAGCUGUUUGUGUGUUGUGUUGGUGUACAAGCACUGCUGUUGUAUGUUGCAUAAUGUUCUAUACAUUUGUUGUAAACUGAGCUUGACUGAAUGUGCAUGUUAAAAUAAUGCAAGUGACUGUCAUGAGUUUUACUAUCAUGUAUAAAAGUCGUGUAAAGAACAAUAAUUUUCAGAUAUUUCAGUCAUAAACAUUGUACUCGAUGAUUACUGAAAUUAAAGAUGCACUAAAUUAUA